AUGUCCACACAGUAUUUCCGCGUUGUUGAACACGUUGUACCAUGCCAGCAUAUUAGACAGUACCCGAGGGCAACCGCAAAUGCAGAGGAAGACACUCUCCAUAUGUCCGUCAAGCAAUAUAUGCCCUUGAGCAAUCUGAAGCCUCAGUAUGGCGAUGUCACAAUUAUCGCGGGGCAUGCGAAUGGGUUUCCCAAGGAGGUGUACGAGCCCUUAUGGGACGAAAUAUUGCAUCUUGCAGAAGCCGCGGGCUUUGGCAUUCGAGGCAUCUGGAUUGCCGACGUUGCACAACAAGGGCAAAGUGGGGUUCUGAACGAAGACAAAUUAGGGAAUGACCCCUCGUGGUUCGACCAUCCUCGUGAUUUGCUACAUAUGAUCAACGUUUUUAGGGACCAGAUGCCUCGCCCCAUCGUGGGAAUAGGUCACAGCAUGGGAGGAAACCACCUGACGAACUUAUCGCUCCUGCAUCCACGACUGCUGGAGACACUGGUUCUCAUUGAUCCGGUCAUAUCGCGACAGAAUUCCAAGAAGAAUGAGUUUUUCGCCGCAAGAGCCUCGGCGAAGCGGCGUGAUCGCUGGGAGUCUCGUGAAAGCGCGCUAAACGCUUUCAGAAAGAACAAAUUCUACCAGAAAUGGGAGCCAAGACUCCUGGACCUGUGGGUGAAGUACGGACUCCGGGAGCUUCCAACCCUUUUAUAUCCCAAUUCGGCGUCCCAAGGCGAGGUAACGUUGACCACUACCAAAUUUCAGGAAGUGGCAACCUUCUUGCGAUUGGGGAUUGUAGCCGACGAGACAUCAGGACCAUCCCGUCAUGAAACACGCCGCACGCGUCCAGAUCUGACUCCGACAGACGAUCCAAGUAUACCCUUUUAUCGGCCUGAACCGGUGAUCACAUUCAACAACCUACCAUAUCUGAGACCUUCGGUUCUGUACAUAUUUGGGGAACGAUCUUCUCUUUCCAUGGCCCAACUUCGAGCCGAGAAGCUAGCGGUCACCGGAGUGGGCAUUGGUGGCAGUGGAGGCCAUCCAGAAGGUCGGGUCGAGGAGGUACUCAUCCACGACGCGGGCCAUCUGAUCCCCAUGGAGAAGGUGGUUGAGACAGCAGAACAUACAGUCAGGUGGCUUGGGACAGAAUUGGCUCGCUGGAAGCAAGAGGACACUCGAGAGAAAGAAGAGUGGGCGAGUUACUUCGGGCAGAAAAAAGGGGUGCCGAGCCCCGAGUAUCUGAAGCAUAUGCUAGACCCAGACAACUUGGCCGAGAAAGCUAAGCUGUAG